AUGUCUCCUUACCGACUUGUCUAUGGCAAGGCAUGUCACUUACCUAUAGAACUAGAACACAAGGCAUAUUGGGCUGCCAAAAAACUCAAUUUUGAUCUUGACAAGGCAGGUGUUCGCAGAAAGCUUCAACUUCUUGAGCUAGAGGAAAUUCGGGAUGAUGCUUACGACUGUGCCAAAUCGUACAAGGACUGCAAACUUUGUUCUCGAUGGUCCGGCCCUUUUAUCAUUCGCACUAGCAAUCCGCAUGGGGUAGUUGAAAUUGAGAAUCCUAAAGAUGGUUCCGUGUCUAAAGUGAAUGGGCAGCGGUUGAAACUGUUUAUAGAAUUGAAAACCCCAGAAGUAGAGGAAAUCCUUUUAGAGGAUCCUGUUUAUCAAGAUUUAACCAUUUAG